AUGGGAGUCUUCCAUUCAACACCAGCCUUCGAAACCACAGAAAAUGAGGAGCCAUCAUCCAGCGCCGCUACGUCUCAGCCGACAAAGGAUCCAGACCCAAAGCAAGAGGACGAGACAAAGACGGGAGAAAAAAAAAUGUCUAAAAAUCAGCUCAAGCGAAAACGCAAAUGGGAACAAGCAAUGGCAAUCAAGCAACGGCGGAAAGAUCAAGAACGCAAUAUUCGACUUGCCCAAGCCAAAGCGGAUGGCAGGGAUAUUGAAAUGGAAAAGGAAACACAGGAACAGAACCGUAAAGAAGGAAAAGGAUGGGCAAAACGAGAUGAAAAGUGGAAACAGUUCUUUGACAAGAAUUCUAGCAAGUAUGGAAUCUGUCUCGACUGCUCUUUUGAAGAUGUGAUGCAAAAGAAGGAAAUCAACAGUCUUGCCUCACAGAUUCGAUAUUGCUAUGCUGCCAACAAGAAAGCCAAGCAUCCCGUCAGCGUCAAAGCGACCAGUAUUGGUGGUAUCACGCUGGAACGUUUGGAAAAUGUUAGCGGAUUUGAAUCAUGGAAGAACAAGGCUUUUGAGUGUACCCCAGACGACCUUGUGGAAGCCUACGAGAAUGACACAUCCAAGCUUGUUUAUUUGACUAGUGAUUCCGAAAACGUAUUGGAUACACUGGAAGAUGAUAAAGUAUACAUUAUAGGGGGGAUUGUGGAUAGAAAUCGACUGAAACGAGCGGCCAUCAAUAGAGCAGAAGAGUUGGGAAUCGCGACCGCUAGUUUGCCAAUAUCGGACUACCUCAAUAUGGUCAGCACAAAAGUACUGACUUGUAACCAUGUCUUUGAAAUUCUACUCAAAUACAGAGAUCACAACAGCAACUGGAAGGAUGCCUUUCUGGAUGUGCUUCCAAAUCGAAAAGAUGCCAAGGAGAAAGAUAGUAAAUAA